UCUGAAUAUAUGACACAGUUCGGAGCUCAGUUUGGCGGUGACAGGUUUUACGAUUGUGGAAAAAUGUGGCAGCUAGUAAUCUCGGUUUUGUGUGUCGCCGCAAUAGCAGAGGGUAUCAAUAUCGAUUGCUCAACACAGCAUGAUGGAUCUCGGUUUCCUGUGCCAAAUUCUUGUGAAGAGUUUUACGAGUGCUCAAAUGGAAAAUUAGUGAAGCGAUAUUGCCUUCAGAAUCAGCAAUAUGACGUAGCGUCGAUGAGCUGUGUCGAUGCGGCCAAAAUCGUUGACGAUGAUGGGUUCUAUGUAAUCUAUUCAGAAGACUCCGGAAGUUCAGGAAGUUGUGCAAGAUAUCACGUUUGCGUCCAGGGAGCGCAGAAGGCGUUCGAGUGUCCAGCUUACACUUAUUUCGACAUCAACUCCAUCUCGUGUGUGACUCCGUCGAGCAGUUCUUGUAGAAUCGAUAGCGUUGUAUGUGGUGUACGAAGAGAACAUCUUCCAAAUCCCAGAAGUUUGGCAUCGUUUUAUAAAUGCGUCGAGGGUUUUCCACAUCUGGUGGAAUGUGAGACUGGUCAUCAGUUCGUGAAUGGACGUUGCGUCGCAGAUUUCGUAGCAAACAUGCGAGAUUUGAGAACAGACGAUACAGACGAUACAGACGAUACUACUGAAGACACCGAAGAACCAGAGACAACAACUGAAGCAGGAGAGACAACCACAGAUGUAACAACAGAGUCAACCACUGCAGAAAUAACAUCAACCACAGAAGAAAUAACAUCAACCACAGAAGCAAUAACAUCAACCACAGAAGAAAUAACAUCAACCACAGAAGAAAUAACAUCAACCACAGAAGAAAUAACAUCAACCACAGAAGAAAUAACAUCAACCACAGAAGAAAUAACAUCAACCACAGAAGAAAUAACAGGGUCAACCACAGAAGAAAUAACAUCAACCACAGAAGAAAUAACAUCAACCACAGAAGAAAUAACAUCAACCACAGAAGAAAUAACAUCAACCACAGAAGAAAUAACAUCAACCACAGAAGAAAUAACAGGGUCAACCACAGAAGAAAUAACAUCAACCACAGAAGAAAUAACAUCAACCACAGAAGAAAUAACAGGAUCAACCACAGAAGAAAUAACAUCAACCACAGAAGAAAUAACAUCAACCACAGAAGAAAUAACAGGAUCAACCACAGAAGAAAUAACGUCAACCACUGAAGAAAUAACAGGAUCAACCACAGAAGAAAUAACAUCAACCACAGAAGAAAUUACAUCAACCACAGAAGGAAUAACAGAGUCAACCACAGAUGAAACAACAUCAACCGCAGUAGAAAUAACAACCACAGAACCAAUAAUACCAACUACCCCUACCGUAGACCCGUCAGAAGUGUGCGCUGGCAUUCUGAUUGGAGUUCUGCCUUAUCCGGGCGUUUGCCAUUUGUAUAUUGUGUGCGUUUUCAACAAUGGAUUGAUAAGAACCUGCGAGGCGGGUUAUAUAUUCAGUCGUUCCGGCGCCGUUUGCGUUCCGGGAAAUUGGGAGACCUGCGAGGCAACUAGAGGAUUUCGACGACUCGUUUCGCGUCUGUUCAAAUCAUAAAUAGUACAAUAAAAUUGUAUCAGUAGGUACUUAUCGAAUACAACAUA